CGUGGAUCGUCGAAAGACUACACCCGUCCUUCGCCGCCGCUCGUGGACAUCAACGAGAUUCGAUGGUGCAUCAUUCCCAAGCCCAAGUCUUGCAAUCGGCUCAUCAACAUUGUCACGUCGCGGUAUCAGAUCAUGAACUACCCGAUCCACAUUCCAGGGCCACAGUACGAGCGCAAUGCCUUCUUUUUCAACCUCAGCUUUGUGUUUGAGCGUGAUGCCGACACGUCUUGCUAUGAGUUGGUGGUCCGGAAGCUGGCACGGAUUCUCAGAUCCCUUGAGCAAGAGAGUCUGCUCUUCAGCACUGCCAGCACCCGGCCCAUCAUGCUCAAGAUUAUGGAACAGCUCCACGAGGAACUCAACGAGUAUCACGAAUCGCAAAUCUCGAUUGACGCGUCCAAUAUCAUCAACAUCAAGGUUUUUGAGCGCUUCCCGGAUCCGCCAGAAGUGUACGACUUUCAAGUUCCCUUGAUUGUGACGAAGCUAGAGAGCGACAAGUACUGGGACAUUACUUUGCAGGCGAUUUUCCCGUUCAUCAACGGCGUGAACUCGAUCAAGAGAAUCGCCCAGCUCUCCAACGCCAAGUCCAGUCUCGUGCGCCUGGCGAUCCGGCAUCUGAUCUACUAUGGAUGCGUCAAAAUGGUGGAUAUCUUUCAGUUCUCCAACAUCUACAUUGUCACUCCGCAAGUUCGGCGCUUCAUGCAAGAUGUGUCGCUGCGGGAGAGGUGUAGAGCCUUUGUGAGCAUUCCAGGGGUGGCCACGCCAAGCGACGAGCUGCUCCUUCAGUUGCUAUGCUCGUUCACAUACGACACACCUGUGAGCAAGCUCAUGGACUCGAAAGGGUCGACCAUCGCAUCCAUUGAUAUCAGACGGUUCGUUGUGUUUGCAGUUGUCCACGGACUGCUCCAGCGCAUUCACACCUACCCCAUACUCGUGCCGAAAUUUGGCGAAAGCAGCCAGAACAACACCAAGAGCUCCAGCAACAGCAACAACAACAACAACAACAACAGCAGCAGCAGCAACAGCAACAACCACGCCGGCAAGAGCAGCAUCGGCAUUCUGGAUCAGCGGCGGCCAAUGACGCCGACGGCCGGGCCACCGACAUCUGCCCUGUUUGCUGGAGCCUUCGCCAAGGGCACCGAGCCAUGGCGGAUGAUCAUGCGAACGAUGCUGACGGGCGAGCACCACUACGACGAAAUCUGCACCCGACUUGACAUGAGCGUGGUGCGGCUCGAGGAAGAGCUGAAGGAGCUCGGGAAGGAAUGCACGAUCCACAAGAUCAUGAAAGCAGCGCCGAUUUCCUGAGAAGCCUCGAUGGGGGGGGUGGCCCCUGCCUCUGGAGUACAAUCAUCGCGUCCGUGACUUUCAACUGGAGAAAAUCAGGGUUGGAGGCGAGGCAAACCCUGCGGGGUGCAGCUCUGGAAUGUGCGUCUGACAAAACACACUCUGGCCCGCGAGUAACUUGGGAUGCCCACAUAUUCAUUUUGGUGCAGCGCCCGAAACAGAGCUUGUGCAAAACAAAC